UCAGCCUUCCUCCUCAGUUCCUCACCCGUUCCCCCUUCUCGUCGACCGUCUCCGUCGAACAGACGACGAGGGUCCUCCGUCAUCCCUGCUAUCUGAUCUAGCAUCCGCCUCCCCUAGUCAAAUCCAAACCUUACCUCUGCAAAGAAGACUUCCCCGUAUCUUAAUUCCAAUCUAACCUUCGCGUUUGCCGAUUCCCAGCAGAAGAAAUGCGAUCUCUCAUCGGCGCAUUGGUUCGAAGGCAAACCCUCGGCAGCAGCUCCGUAACUGCGCGGUUGCAGUCGAGCGGAAGAGUAGGCGCUUCAUUCGCCAACUGUGGCUAUGAAAAUCACAGGUUCUGUUCUUCGGCUUCGGAUUGCCCUCGCUGUUCGAAGAAUCACUUUCUCCGCGCGUUUCACCAUUUCCCUUCUGGCUCUCCUCGCCCAUCGACAUCAGAGUUGAAGAGUGGGAGCCUCCCCAAGUUUGGUGGCAGUGGGAUAAGCUCUAAUCUAAAUUUAUCGCCUUGGUCUGUUCUUGGGACUUCUUUCCCGAGAAGGGGCAUUUCAACUGCGGGUUCCUCUGAUGCACAGAUUGAAUUCAACGGCCGCCACUCUGUUAAAUCCCCAAAACUUCCCGGCGACGGCAAUAUGGAACGUGGGGCACCACCGGCGACGUCAGUGACGCCGCAGCUUGUCGAGGUUCUGACGAAGAUCCUGACCACAGAGAAAGAGCCACUCCAGAAGCUAAGCUCCUACAUCCCUCAUUUCUCCGCCAACUCCAAUCUUCUCGUGUCGCUCCUCUCGUCAAACACCUUGGCGCGAAUGCCGACCACUCUCCUCUCCUUGCUCAAGUGGUCUCAGGCGCAUCUGCCGGAGACACUAAGCCGAUCUCCGCUCCCUCUCCUCCUCGUGAUUUCUUCACUCGUCGCGCACCACAAGUUCGUCGACGCCAAAACCCUAAUGACCUCGUUCAUCGCCUCCGAUAAGUUGAAUUCGCUUCACUACCACAUCCUCCACCCCGAUAGUAGAACUCGAGUCACGCGGGGUGUUUAUGAUUUGUCCAUUGGAGCUUAUGUUGCAGCUGGUCGGCCUCACGAUGCCGCCAAUAUCUUUAGGAAGAUGAAGAGGUUCGGGCUCAAGCCGAAUGUGCUCACUUGCAACACUUUGUUGAAUGGUUUGGUGAAGUAUCCUUCUGUGCAUGCUGUUUCUUUGUCCAAGGAUGUUCUGGAAGAUGUGAUCGGCCUGGGCGUCAAGGUAAACUCCAACACUUUCAACAUUGUGAUAAAGGGUUGCUGUUUAGAGAGCAAGUUCGAGGAGGCAUUGGAGCUUGUGGAUAGAAUGGGGCAGCAUGGUUGUUCACCUGACAAUGUCACGUAUAAUACGAUACUGGAUGGAAUGUGCAAGAAAGGGAAGUUAAAUGAGGCCAGGGAUUUGCUGCUGGACAUGAAAAACAGAGGUUUGCGUCCUAACGUGAAUACAUUUAACAUUCUGAUAUCUGGGUAUUGCAAACUGGGGCGGUUGAAGGAGGCGUCGCAAAUGAUUGACUUAAUGACGAUGAGUAAAGUCUCUGCAGAUAUGUGGUCGUAUAAUAUGUUGAUUGAUGGGCUUUGUAAAGUGGGCAGGAUCAGCGAGGCAUUUCGGUUAAGGGACGAGAUCGAGAAGCUUGAGUUUUCACCUGAUGUGGUUACUUAUAACACCUUGAUUGAUGGGUGUUUCAAGUUCGGGAGUGGUGAAGAAGCGGUUCGUUUAGUUGAAGAAAUGGAAGGGAAGGGACUGAAGCCAAAUUCUGUGACGCAUAACAUAAGGGUUAAAUGGUUUGUGAAGGAAGGGAAGAUGGAUGAAGCAGCAAAUGCUGUCAGGAAGAUGGAGGAAUGUGGGUUUUCUCCAGAUUGCAUUACUUACAAUACUCUUAUAGAUGGAUACUGCAAAGCAGGCAAGAUGGAUGAAGCAUUCAGUGUAUUGCAUGAUAUGGAAAAGAAACAACCGAAGCUGGAUAACGUCGCCCUUAACACAAUUCUUCACACCCUUAGUCAGGAUAAGAAGCUUGAUGAGGCAUAUGAUCUGCUUUCCAUUGCUAGUAGGCGAGGUUACUUUGUCGAUGAGGUUAGUUAUGGCACUCUUAUAAGUGGAUAUUCUAAGCAUGAGCAGCUUGCUAGAGCUUUAGAUCUUUGGGACGAGAUGAAGGAGAAAAAGAUUAUUCCAAGCAUCAUCACCUAUAACUCCAUGAUAGCUGGGUUGUCUCGCUCUGGGAAAACUGAUCAAGCAAUAGAUUUAUUGAAUGAGUUACUAGGAAAUGGUUUGUCUCCAGACGAAAUUACUUACAAUACCAUUAUUCAUGGAUACUGCUGGGAAGGGCAAAUCGAGAAGGCCUUUCGGUUUCAUAACCAAAUGGUUGAGAAUUCUUUCAAGCCUGAUGUGUUCACAUGUAAUAUUCUUCUCUAUGGUCUUUGCACUGGAGGUAUGCUUGACAAGGCUCUUAAACUUUUCCAUACGUGGAUUUCAAAAGGGAAGCAAGUUGACCUGGUGACCUAUAACACCAUUAUAUCAAGCCUGUGUAGAGAAAGGAGAUUGGAGGAAGCAACUGCUCUUUAUGCAGAGAUGAAAGAGAAGGGACUGAAUCCUGAUAGAUAUACAUAUAAUGCCAUCUUGAAAGCUGUAACUGAUGCAGGUAAGGUUGGUGAUAUUGAGGAUUUCAUUCUAAAUGAGGUUGAGAAGGGUGAUUCAGAAUCUCAGUCCAUACAAAUGGACGGGAGACAAGAUGAGGGUACCUGUACAACUUGUCCAGAAACUGAUGAAAGUUCCAUUGCUUAUUCUGAGAAGAUAAGUCAAUUAUGUGCUCAAGGAAAAUACAAGGAUGCCGUUCGACAUGUUCAUGAAUCUAGAGACAACGUGCUAUGCUGGAUCAUUGAAUUUUUCAUUGAAGCCAAGAAAUGGAAUGGCGACCACCGGAAGAAGUUUGCAUCUAUUUUUGUCAGCUUUACGGGCAAGGUUUCAACUCUUUUGAUUCCGAUUAUGCAGUGUUACCCUGGUGAAGCCGAUCUGGCAAUUGCAAGGACGGGGUUCUGAUGCAUGCAUUCCUCACAUUUUGGACAAUUUUCAGGCCCUCGUGUUGUGUUGUUAGAUACUUUCCUGUCAAGGUGCUUAUCCAUGGGAGUAACAGGUUAAAACCUAAGUAACUCGAGUUCCUACAAUCAGAUUUUAUCGUCUUCAUCACUUAUCUUUUACCAACAACUCGAUAUGGCAACUUGCAGGUUGCAGAGAGAUGCAUACCCCCUUCUUAAGUAUAUGUUACAAGCCUAGCAUAGACAGUGAACCAGUUACAAGCCGCAGCACAUUAGAAAGAAGCAAUCUGCCAUGAAUACUAAAAUAGGAAGCAAGGCAGAACAGACAUGGAAGGAGAAGACUCGGUUCUGACUAUCGAACUCAGGAGUGGAAGCAAGAAAGAAAUACUGAAUCAAAGAUGGGUAGCCAGUAAACCUUCUAAUUUCUUGCACAAAUUGAAAGAUUGAAAGGGAGAAUGAUUGUUUAUUUUGUUUUGUAUUAUCAAUUUGUCCCCUAAUUGAGUCAUUCUACUUAAUUGUCUUUGUCACGCAUUAGAAUCUUCCAUUCUUUGGAGAAAAGGUCUACGGUAUGUAUGUGAAUUAUAGUUCCAGCACUUGCCAAUCGCGGCUAGCUAUAAAAAUAACAGGAUAUUAAUUAAUUAUAAGUUUU